AUCAGCUCUUUAAAAUUAGAAUAUUUCGAGACAUGCCGUUAUUUGAGGAAUGCCAGACACUUUCCAACAUGAAUUGAUGAUGUUGGCGAUCGUGUGACUCAGCGGUUGGAGUACCUGACUGCUGUGUCACGUUCGAAUGUGUGAAAGUUCGAAUCCUCAGUCUCAGCCGACACCAUCCAUUACAUCCAUUACUGCCUAUAAAAGUUAACUACUGAACAUGAGCCUUUCGCAUAAAUUGCCUCAUCGAGACGAUUUUGCCAUAGUCGCCACGCUUGGCACGCGGGUUGGCAAGCGCAGAUUUUUAUUAUUUCGAGUUCUUCAGGAAGAUGCUGCUGUUCAUUUUCUUUUAAUUUCCCUCUGUCGCCUCUUACGACAUUAACGGGACGAAAACCGAAAUGGCACAAUAUUAGUUAACAGUCGAAAAAAUAUCAGGUAGUUCAUAAGUGAUAAUUUUUUUACACGUUACUAGCUGAUUAUUCUUGGGUAAAAUCAAAUACUCGCACCCUACUAGCUAACGAUGUUCUGGCGAUCGAUAGCUGGCGGUAUAUUAACGGCCGGUCUCAAUAACUGAUCUAUCUCUUACUGGAAGUUAAAAUGGCUACCAUUGGUAUCUAUAGUUACAUUUUUCCGUUUCAAUAAUCAAAGAUAGAUAGAAAUGUUUAACCAUCACAUUGAUCUAUCCUUCGGAGGACUUACCGACUACCUGAGUUAAGUGGGUUCAUAGAAAAAAACAUCUGACUGUUUCAAUAACGUAUUGGCAGUUAACUGGCGAUAGUUCAAAUUACCAGAUGUUAGAGUUUUGUCUAUCGCCCAAUUUUGAGAGUUAGCAAAUAUUUGUCGUGAUUUUAAAUAAAUAAAACCUAUUUAAUAUCUAAAAAAUGGAUUUGUUCAGUGAUGAAAGUGAUAAUGAAAUGUAUGAGAUAGGUGUUUUUGAUUCAGAAGGUAUUGUAGAUACUGAAAAUCGCCGACUUUAUAAUCGAAUAAAUUACAGAAGUGAAUUUUCUGACUCUGAAUUUACAUAUAGAUUUAGAUUAAAUAAAACGUCCGUGGAUGAGUUAUUAUUGAAAAUAACACCAUCCUUAAAAGUAAUUUCUUCAAGGUGAGUAAAGAAACUUGUGAACAAAAUUUGGUUACAUUAUAUGUAUCGUCGAAAUAUGCCACCCAACAUAAUAUGAAUGACAGUUAUUGUGAUUUUUUUUACUUAUAUUUAACAUUUUAGGAAUAAUGGAAUAUCGCCGUUACAUCAGUUGUUGCUGACCUUGAGAUUUUAUGCACUGGGAACAAUGCUUUUAUCAGUAGCGGACUUUAUUGGUGUAUCGAAAGCUUCAGCCAGCCGAAUUGUGCAUCAUGUAUCUCGGGCUAUAGCUGGCUUAUACCCUCAAUAUGUGAAGACAUUAAGCAAUACCCAGAAUGCCUUUCAUGAAAUCGCAGGAUUUCCAAGAAUUCUUGGCGCAAUUGACUGCACGCAUGUUCCCAUACAGUCACCUGAUUCAAAUAUAGGAGAAGAAUACAGAAAUAGAAAAGGCAUAUUUUCAAUGAAUGUCCAAGGAGUCUGUAACGCAGACUUGUUAUUUAUGAAUGUUGUUGCCCGUUGGCCUGGGUCUGCUCAUGAUGCUACUAUAUUUAACAACUCUAGGCUAAAAAAUAAUGCAAUGUGAAGAGGGAUUGUUUGGCAAUAGAUGGCUUAUUGGAGACAGUGCAUAUCCCUGUACUUCAUAUCUUUUGACACCACUGCUCAACCCCACAUCUGUUGCAGAGAAUCAUUACAAUGAAGCACAUAUAAAGACUAGAAAUACUAUUGAAAGGUAAAUAUUAUUUUAUUAAUAUUUUUUUUUUAAAUUUCAUGAAUAUAAUAUAAAAUACUUUGUAACUUUUCAGAUGUUUUGGUGUGUGGAAAAGGCGCUUUCCAAUACUCUCUUUAAAAAUCCGUGUAGCUAUGCAGACAACACAGGCCAUUAUUAUUGCCACUUCUGUAUUACACAACAUCUGCAGAUUAAAUAAUAUUAGAGAUGUAGAUCCAGAAGUUGCAAUGCCGCAAGAAUCAGGUGACAUUACCUAUGCUGAAGGGAUAGGUCAACAAAAUCACAGUGUCAGACAACAGCUAAUUAAUAAUUAUUUUAGUGUUUAAAUUAUGUUUAAUUAUAUAAGAAUUUUAAUGUGUAAAUAAUGUUAAAUUAUACUAGAAUAAAUGUGCUUUAUUUCAAUAUAUAUUUUAUUUAAUAAAUGUCAAAUAAAAAUCAAUGUAUAAAAUAGAUUUUAUUUUAGAAUGAACUUAACAAAAACAUUACAUAAUUUAUAAAAAAUACACCUUAUUAUCACUAUUUACAAAAUCUUAACAUUAGUACUAUAGUAAUCACAAGUCACUUGUUUAAUUUUUCUAUUUCUAGCUGCAGUUUAACUUUUUCAAGUUUAACCACUUCAGUUUUGGCUUCAAAAUAAGCAGCCAUGGCUAAUUCCUUGCUUAUCUGAGCCCGUAAUAGUUCUUCAGAGGGUUUUUGGCGUUUCUUUACUGUGAAAAAAAAAACAUAGUUAAAUUCUCAUAUUUUACACUCUCCUAGCUUGAUAGAAUUGAUGACUGAUGACCACAGAGAUCGGGCAUAGGAGAUGACAUAAAAAAACAUUAGUAACAACUACUAUCCAAACUACAUUAGAGAUUACCCAGAACCAACUACUAUAGCCUAUUUCACAAUUUAUCUUAUUUGUCAGACAAUUGAGUGGUAAGCCUUUAGAUUUUCCUCAUUAACCAGAAAAAAAUACACAAAGUUGUAGCAAAACCUGCAACAAGCAAUCACACUACUAGACCAUAGAGAGGUGGUCUGUUUUGUCUACGGACUUUAAAAAGGAGCCAGUACUCAAUUCGACUGUAUGUUUUUUUUAUGUGUGUUACUUCAUAACUUUUUACUGGGUGAACCGAUUUCUAUGAUUCUUUUUUUAUUUAAAAGCUGGUGCUUCAUAUGUGGUCUCAUAUAAAUUUGAUCAAGGUCUGACCAAUAGUUUUUGAGUUAUUCUUAAUAAUUUAUAUUGAAGUUGGUUGUACAAAAUUAUAAAUUAUCUAGUAACAACUGAGGUUAAAUAUUACAGCUACAACUUACAGGGUUUGUAAGGAUUAUUAAAAGUAAAUCUUUUUGGUGUGAAAAUUUUCUCACUAUUACCACUACACUCAGCACUACCACCAUCUCGCAUCACCAAAUCACUAGUUACAGCUUCUGAAUGCUCCGGUAAAGGUUGUAAGUCCAUGAGUUCCACCACUGCAUCUGGUGGAAUCAUUUCACUUUCCCCAUCACCACCAAAUUCCACAGUGAACCCCGUGCAUGUUGCACCUAACAUAGAUGUUACACGAUCUAGUGCUUCAUCGGGAGGGAUGUACAUCUUUCCACCUCCAGUCUGCAAAUAAAAAUGUUUCAAUAGAAAUAUUAC